UUUCUUUUUAAAAAAAACACAGUAAAUCCAACACCAAUGACGAAACCAUACAUCUGGUUUUCCAGUCUCUGAUACUUUUUCAGAUUUCAGUUCACAUUCUAUCUCCAUACACUCUCAGGAGAGGAGAGGAGAGGAGGCUCUGUCGCUGCCACUGCGUCAUUUUGUUUCUGUUUCAACUUUCACAAGGUACCCAAAAAGGAAUUUCAAGAGAUGGAUGGAGAUUCGCCUUUAGAUUACGCCACAAUUCAGAUCCUGCCUGCUGAAAACAGGUAUGAGGCAUAUAGUUGUAGUGACAACAAAGUAGAAAAAGUGGGUGUUGGGGUUCUGGAGAAGCUCUUGCCCCAUUUACCAGGCCUACAAAACUUGUACACCCAAGGCUCCAAUGCUGACUACAAACUCCAACCUCCUAACAAUCUCAACUAUGCUCACUGGUUUACUAAAUCUACUUUCACCAGAUUCGUACAUCUUGUUGGUUCAACUGAUUUAGUGGACACUGCUAAAGGUAUUGAAGGUGAGAUGUCUCUUUUGGAGGAAGCCAGAAAAUUUCAUCUUUCUCUAUAUGCUCAGGGUCACCAAGAUCAUAUUCAAAGCAGCGAAAAAGAUACUUGCAACUCAGGAGACGUGCUACUAGCAUCCAAAAUUGACGGUCACAAUUCAUUGUCAGAUUCCUCAAAGAAUGAGCUCUUACGUGCUAUGGACUCAAGACUUACAGCAUUAAGAAGUGAGUUAGUUGCAGCUUUUAACGAGUCUGUUGGAGAAACAUGCUCCUACAAAGAAAUCACUCACCUAGCCAAAUUUGCUGAAAAUUUUGGAGUAAAUGAUGUAAAGAAUCUUUUUUGCAAGUUUCAAGAGCUGAGCCAAAAGAAUCAAGUUGCUACUGUGUCUGAUGAUGAAAAGUCUUCAUCCACUUUUGCUUCAAUGAAUGACAGAAUAAACAAGACUGGUGGAAAUGAUCAAAUAUCAAAGCCACCAAGUUCAGAAACGCCAGUUAAAUAUGGUGUUUCACCAGCAAAAGCUGCCCAAGUUGAACGUCAGAGCUCAACAGAAAGUGAGGAAUCUUCUGACUCAAGUGACGAGAUUCAUACAUCUGCAGAAAGAAGUCGAGCUCUUAUAAGAUCUGCAUCACCUAGACGUUCAGCGUCUCCCAUGCGAAGGGUUCAAAUAGGGAGGAGUGGCUCACGUAGGGCCCCUGCUUUGACCAUUAAGAGCCUUAGUUACAUUCCUCCUAGAGAAAAGAUAUUUCCUCAAAGAGAUGUAGCUUCGGAUGGUAGUGAAGAGGAAGGAUCAGGACACGCUAAUAGACCUGAGAAUAAUGUUCAGCGUAUGAGUGUUCAAGACGCAAUUAAUCUUUUUGAGAGAAAACAAAGGGAUCAGAUUACUGAUGUUCCUAAAAGGAACUCAUUAGCAAACAUCUCUCUUGGUGCAGGUAAGUCUGUAUUGAGAAGAUGGAGUGCAGGUAUGAGUGAAUCCUCCUCCCAAUGCCUAUCACAGAAUGCUUCUGAAGAUCCUGUUCUGGAGCCUCCUGAUAAUGAUAUCAUGAGGAGGUCAGAAGUUAAUUUGGAACCUGAUACUAGAACCGAUGCACACAAUGUCGAUGAGACUGUUGAUAAGAAUGUAGAAAGGCUGGAAGAGAGCUUGGCUAGUCCAGUAGAUGUUCAUGAGGUCGCAGAUAUAAUCCAAGAAGAGGAAGCUAAUGAAAGGUCAAAAAGCUCAGCUGAAUGGAAUCGGAAAAACGAAGUGGAGUUGAAUCAAAUGUUCAAAAGAAUGAUGGAAAAUCAGCCCGCUAGCCGUAGGAAGCCUCAAACUAAAGUCAGACAAAAUCUGCCUCCAGAGCAGAGAGGUGGAUUUUAUGACCAUUACAAGGAGAAGAGGGAUAAAAAACUUAGAGGAGAAAAUGCUGGAAAGCGUGCUGAAAAAGAAGCAACGUUUAAAGCAAUGCAGAAAAUUCUUGAUGAGAGGAAAGCAGAAAUGGCUUCCACAAAAGUUAAUAAUUUAUGUAAAAAGGAUCCUCCAACAAAGGCCCUAAAAUCUGUUAAAAAUUCCCAAAAGGUACAAAAGAGUCCUCAGCCAGCUACAACGAAGGAAACAGUAAAAGAAACCACAAAAACUUCAAGUGCAAAGAGGAUCUCAUCUAGAACAUCCUCCUUGCCUGCUACUCGUAAGUCAUGGCCUUCAACGCCAUCACCAAGAACAAGAGGAACAUCACCAGCUAAAACUUCUGCUGGAAUCUCUUCUUCUGGCACUGUGCCAACAAGUCGGAAACCUCAGUCGGCACAAGCAGUACCUCGACUGAGUCCUAAAGUGGAAAACUCCCAGCCGCAACGAAGAAAAGUGAAUGCAACGCAGACUUCUAAACAAGGUUCAAUUGGUGUGAAUGAGAAGCAGCAGCAAAAUUCAAUGAAAAGCAACAAAACAACCAGGACAAAAGUUGCAGUAGCACGUGGAGACUCAUCCAGUGUGGUUCCAGCAAAGCCUAGUUUGUAUAAUAAGGUAACAAAGAAAAGUACUGUAGUUCCACUGGAAUCAAAGCCAUUUCUCCGCAAAGGUUCUGGAUUGACCUCUGCUGUUGGUCCCGUUAACAAGAUAAAAAUUCCUUCUCAGUUGGAGGACCCUUUGAAAAACAUUGAAAAUUCAAUUGAUGCUCAACAGAGUGAUGUCAAUGUUAAUUCUUCUGUCUUGGUGAAUGAGCUCGAAGAUAAGCAUUUUUCAUCACUGGGUUGCAGUGAUGAUACUAUUCUACCAGAAACACAGGCAAACGGCCACCAGAAAUGUGAUGUGACUGAGAGUGUUGAUGAACUUGCUCCUGACUUUGAAGAGGACCUAAAAAAUGUAGGUGGUUCUUCCCAAGGUGCGGAAGAAUCAACCAUCUCACCAACUGCCUGGGUAGAAAUAGAAGAGCAUCAGAAACUGCCUGACCAAUGUGAAGACCAAACGGGUGAAAUUACCUCUUCAACUUGCACUGCACCUGUUGGAUCGGCUAGUCCUCGUGUCCGUCACUCUCUGUCACAGAUGCUGCAAGAAGAAAGUAGUGAAGCUGAUACUACUGAAUGGGGAAAUGCUGAAAAUCCUCCUGCAAUGGUCUACCAAAAGGAUGCACCCAAGGGAUUGAAGAGGCUGUUGAAGUUUGCUCGGAAGAGUAAGGGGGAUGCAAAUAUGUCGGGUUGGUCUAGCCCGUCUGUCUUUUCUGAAGGAGAGGAUGACACAGAAGAAUCAAAAGUUUAUAUUAAGAAAAAUGCUGAUAACCUACUACGAAAGGCUGCUCUUCAUGCAAAGAACUAUGGGCAACAAAAGACUUUGUUAUCGGAUGGAUAUGAAAAUCACUUGGAUGCUCAUGAGCUUCCAUCUGCUCAAUCAGGCAUUAGCACAUUUGAUGCACACAAAUUGCAAAAGGGAGGUGUCUCUGCAGCUGCUUCCACUACCAAAGGGACAAGGUCUUUCUUCUCCCUUUCAGCAUUUAGGGGUAGUAAACCAAGUGACAUGAAGAUUCGCCAAAGCUAGGACAUUCAUAAAAUCGAGGCUAUCGACAUUUUCUCUCUCCCAGUCCUUAAGCUAAAAUGAACUAGCUUGGCUGAAUGGCCAAAACUUCUGCUUUUCUCUUACCAUUAUUAUUAUUAUUAUUAUUAUUAUUAUUAUUAUUAUUUUGGUGUAUUGGUGUUGGUUUGCAUGUCAGCUGUGGGAGAUCAUCUCUAUCUGGUGCUCUGUAUUGUGUUGGUGAAAUGUUGAUGUAGAUACAGUACUUUGCAGGAUUAGGAUUUCCAUGCUGCUAAACCAAAUUGUUCCAUGUUAACCAUUAUGUUAAGGACAUAAUAAACCAUAAUGAUUUAAUUUA